GGGAGUUAGCGGACCCUAACCCCAUUGGGACGGACACGAGUCUCGGAUGCUUGACGCGGGAGGCUCAGCGCUCAGAUCCUGGCCGCUAUGCAUUGGUGAUGGGGCUUUUCACGAGGAGGGCCGAACACCUGGAGAGCACCCUCCCCGACAGCCAGAGUGCCGUCUCCUUCCGCGCGCUCCGUGCUCGAUUCUACGGCAAUGGCAAGGGCAAGGGCAAGGAGCGCGACCUCGACGGCGACUCCGCGACCAGCUCUACCGCAUCCCCGUCUCUCUCUUCACCUUACGCUCAUUCCGAUAAACAAUCCUUCGUCUCGGCACGAGCCUCGGAUCCGCGUGGUCUCUACAAGCAGUCACAGCGGGUCGCCUCCACGACCUCCAUAUCACUUGCGCGCCAUGCGGAGACCGUCAGCGAGCCAACAGGCCCUCGGCCGUCGACGGAUGUAGUAACGAUAACACUGGCGCAGCGUCUGAACGAGUUGGCCGCCGCCAAUUCAGAGGGUCUGCUCAGUGACGAUGAAUACCGUCUCCUACGGCAAAAUCUCUUCGAGAGAUUCGCCAGCAACUCACAAAUCCCCUCGGAGACGCCUCUCGUGCCCAUAUCUGGCGGUGGUCACGGCGCAGGCGGUAGUCGCAUAUCCAUCUCUUCCUAUGACCGCCGACAAUCCUCUCAGUUCUAUGUACAGUCUUCUCGGGCCUCGUCCGUCCAGUCCAAGAGUUCGCUCACUGCCAGCAUCGGCGGACUCCUCAAGCGAGCAGCUAGCAAAACCCGACGUGUCGUGUCCUCCCCAUCCGACCUGGGUGAUGCGGCUAGUUUAUUCUCCACCCAUUCCAACGGGGAUUGUACGCGCACGCCUCCACGCACACUCACUUCUCGAGCAAGUGAGUCGUCGUUCAGAAGCGGCCAUGAUCGUGCGCGCGCCCCGCAACUUCGGCCCAUCCUCACUCAGUCUGAACCGGAUGGCUCGAAUCCGCGACUGUCUCGAGGUAGGAAACGAUCCGGUUCAUCUGCCCCACCGUCGGCCUUUCCUGGGACAGCGUCCAUACUCGAGCCGACCAGUCCCACGAUGUUCGGGGAGCCAAUGCCCAGCGACGACGAAGUGCAGUCAGCCAAAGACAUCCGGCAUCACAUAGAGCUCGUCGAGGCGGAAGGGAGGCGACUACUAGACGCGUUCAACGGCCUGGAGUUGAGCACCCUGACGCGACGUCACAAGCGUCCCCACCUGCGGCCCACAAUCCCUAUGAGCCCCUCCGCAGAAAGCUCUUCCGUUCAUACAAAUGACGCGCCCUCGCUGCACACUACGAGAGACAUGGACGCGCUAUCCUUCAAGUCCGGCGGAUCGGGCCCGCGGACGCCCUCAAAGCGGCGCUCGCCCUCGGGGCCGCGCAAGAUGAACGCGUCGACGUCGACAUCCUCUACGACGCUGACAUCCCAGCCAUCCAAAACCGCGAGCCGCAAAGGCUCCAUCUCGUCCAUCUCCUCCCGCGGCCGGUCGGGGCUCAGCUAUCCCGGCCUGUCGCCGUCUUACGGCAUGGCGAGCAGCUCCAGCGUCAACCUCGCACGGAGCAUGAGCCACCUGCCGCUGGAGACCGUGGCAGAGACGGAGGGGCCCGCCGGCGGCCACCGCAAGUCGAGCACGGAGGAGUCAAAGUGGACAGGCGCCACGCUGGCGCCGGACGUGCCGCCGCUCCCCGGGCGCGGGCCCAAGAGCCCUCUCCAGGCGGGGGACGAGGACAUCCGGGCGAUGGAGACCGAGCUCGCAGACAUCCGGAGGCGGCGCGUGGAGGUGACGGCGCGGUACGAGGAGCGGCUGGAGUAUCUGCGCGCGCGGCUGAAGGGCGCGGAGCUCCGCGAGAAGGUGAUGAGGAAGUGAUUCAGAUCCUGGUUCGUGGUACCGGUGGCCUCGAUACCGAUGCUGCCGCGUCCAUGUCUAUUUGCAUAUACGCCCUGGCCCGACGCCCACUCCACGUCCCUUUGUUACGACGAUAUAUGGCCCGAGAUUUCGUUUCACUAUAGCACUGCUGUCCGUACUAUUACGAUACCCCCUGGUACCUCCGCCGCGAGCUGUGUAAUAGCCUUCUCUCUAUCUCGACUGCCCAGCCUAUUGGUUACAGCGAGAUAAUUUACAUAGUUCCGCGAACUCAUUGCGCUGUAAAUUACGUCUGUGCGCAACAGUUGGGAUAUUACGAUGACAGCUGACGUCUGAG